UGUUCUUACAUGCACUGCCGUAAUUAAAUAAUAGUUAUAUUAAAUUAUUAUUAAUAACAAGUGCGCGAUCCGUCUUGGCGUCGUCUAUUAAUACUAAAAUACAAUUAUAAAAAUAUAAUUUGAUUGAUAAUAUUAUUAACAUUUGUGGAGAAAAGAAUUUCGCUCUUAUAAAAUCUUGUGAACGAAGUUUUGGUUUUAAUCCUUCAUCCUAUUAUUACUGUUAUAUUAUUAAAUACCUUUAUCUAAACACUAAUGGAGGUUAACGGAAAAUCUCAAGAAAUGGAAAACAAUGGGAUCAUGCAACAGAUGGAAUUGAUCAGUAACCAUGCCGAGCGUUCUAAUGAGAUUCGCAUGAAAAUUCAAUCAGACAUUGAUUCGUUUAAUGUUCUAUACUCGGAAUGUUCUAAGUACACCCAACGUGUGCAAAACGCCAAAAUUCAGAGAAUGAACAGCUCUUCAGUAUUACCAGAAAUUGAGUGUAAAUUAAUUCAAGAGAAAGAAUUACAUGAAAGACAAUUAAAAGCUAAAUCUUUAAGUCUUAAUAAUUCUAUUUGUGUUUACAUUAACAAGCUUAAUGAAAUAACAAACUUGAUCAGUCCUGUACAAAAUUAUAUUAUUGAUAAUUCGUUAAUUCAGUGGAAACGUCAACAACAGUUAGCUGGUAAUGGAUAUAAAUACAUGAAGGAUAUAGAUGUUAUACAAACUUGGUGUGAGAAACUGUGUGAUUUAAUAUGGAUAACUCGUUCACAAAUUAAAGAAGCUAAUAGAUUUAGUAUGAAUUUAAGUCGUUAUUUUGAAUUACCACCAUCUUGUGAAAUUAUUAAUACACUGCUCAAUAUGACUACGCAGUAUCUUUCAUCAUUAGUGACAAGCACUUUUGUUAUUACAACACAACCACCUCAAGUAUUGAAAACUAAUACAAGAUUUUUAGCAGAAGUGCGUUUAUUAAUUGGUGGUAAACUGAAUAUUCACAAGACAUCACCUGUGGUUAAAGUAUCUAUAGUCAAUGAAGCUCAAGUUAAUCAAAUAAUCAGAAGAAAUAAACCAUGUGGAGAGUCGUGUGGUGAGUUAUUAAAUUGCAUUGGAAAAAUGGAAUAUCACCCAGUUCGUAGGCAUUUUUCUACUAAUUUUCGAAGUAUGCAACUAAAAAAAAUUAAACGUACAGAAAAAAAAGGAACAGAUUCUGUUAUGGAUGAAAAAUUUUCAAUUUUAUUUUCAUCUACAUUUUGUAUUGGAAAUGAACUUCAAGUUGAGGUAUGGAAUUUGUCAUUACCAGUAGUAGUAAUUGUGCACGGAAAUCAAGAUCCUCAUGCCUGGGCUACUGUAAUAUGGGAUAACGCAUUUGCUAAACUUGGCCGAAUCCCAUUUAAUGUUCCGGACAAAGUACCAUGGAGAAAUGUGGCAGAAACUAUAAACAUGAAAUUUUCUGCAGCUACAGGUCGUGGUCUUUCAGAAGAUAGCUUAACGUUUUUGGCUGAAAAGGCUUUAAGAAAGCAAAAUGUGGAUUUUAAUCAUAUGAUUAUAUCAUGGUCACAAUUCUGUAAAGAACCAUUGCCACAAAGAAGUUUCACGUUUUGGGACUGGUUCUAUUCAGUGAUGAAAUUAACUAAAGAACAUCUUAAAGGUCCUUGGACAGACGGUGCUAUAAUGGGUUUUAUAAAAAAAUCUGAUGCUGAAGAGAUGUUAACAAGAUAUGCAACUGGUACAUUCUUAUUAAGAUUUUCAGAUUCAGAAUUAGGCGGCCUAACUGUUGCUUGGACUGCAUCCAAUGACGUUUUUAGCUUACAACCUUUCUCAGCUAAAGAUUUAUCAAUUCGUAAUUUGGCAGAUAGACUAUUAGACUUGCCAUACAUCACCAAGCUAUAUCCAAAUAUUGAUAAAGACUUAGCAUUUGGAAAAUACUACACACAGUCAUCAAAUAAUAGUGUACCUGUUACAAACAAUGGUUAUGUUAAGCCACUAUUAGUUACACAUGUUCCUGGGUGGAGUGGACCUAGUACCAAUGGACAGGGAACAAAUAGCUAUCCUAACACACUUCAAAAUCACCUGUUUCAUGAAAACAGUCUAGGAAAUUAUAGUACCAACGAAACAUCAGUGUAUAGUGAACCAGAAAAUAAUAUGACUACGUUUGGUAAUUAUUCCUUAGAAAUGGAUUUUUCAUCAAGCUUAAAUGACAUGUCGCAAUUGGAUGGUGCCUUUUUUUAAAGACAUUUAAAUAGGUAAUAUACCAUCUUAUAAUAUAGAGGUUUGUGUCUUGUUAUUUAAUAUCAUAAUAAUAAUUUAAGUAUACAUUAAACUGUAUGUGCUAAUAUCAAGCCUUAAUUAUUUUUUCUUCUCAUUACUUUUUUUUUUUUCAAUAAUAUUUAAAAUAUUGACAUACAUAUUAUCUCUACAGUUAUGUAAAUUUUAUUAAAUUUGAGUUUUCACAUAGCAAGUAUUCCAGUAUACAUAUAGUAUUAUUAUUUAUCACCAUGAGCUUAUUAUUUAUUGUUAUUUUG